GGUGUGAUUACUCUGAUCUGAGUGACUUGUUUUGAUGAAGAGGAGGGUAAAGGACCAGAUAACGAUUGCUCAGGUGAGGCUUGCCUCUGAGCCCAGCUCUGCAUUGCCAUGGAUGCCUGUGCCCGGAUCAGAUGUGUUCCACUUAAAAACCGUGCCAGCAUCAGAAAAGAGACUAUCCGUGAGAAUCCAGCCCUGUCUCUGAGAAACCUUCUGAAAAACAGGAAAGAGCUGAGCAACGUUGUGCCAGAGCUGCACACUAAAGAAUCACAGUGUCUGCCAGAGAUACAUUUUGUAUGUUUACCAAGUCCUUCAGAUGGGGAAGAUUUCACACUACAGGCGCUGACCUCUCUCUCCGCUGAGCUGUUGGAGUUACUCAGAUCACUCCAUGUACAUACUCUCAAAGAGGAGGAAGUGCUGCUCCUCAAAGAUUUCAAGCGAUUGUAUGAGAGAAAAGUGGGAGUUUCUCAGGCUAGCUUAUCCAGAUCUUUGUGCGUAAUGAGACAUGGCAUCCCUCCACCAGUCAGUGUUUGUACUAUGCUGAGGCUACUAACUUGCUAUACAGCCGGGAUCAGAUAUGCACUGGAGUUACAGUCUUUGCAAAGGGGCGUAUCAGAGUCAUGCCAAGCUGAGGACGAUGACACUAACCAGUCGGUCUCAUCUAUUGAAGAGGAUUUUGUUACGGCUUUUGAACAUCUCGAAGAGGAGGAGACAGCUCUUCAUAAUAAGCGAAACCAGAGAGAUGUGGCCUCCCAAACUCUCCCCUCCCAUUUUAAAGAUUUAUCUGGCUCACGCAUUAUCAUAAGCUCAGUUUCCAAAAAGUCCUCGAACAAACAGAAGUAUACCACCGAAGUGUCGGGAUCAGAACCGAAGCCACCAGCAUCAAUGUCUAGAGCUACAGAAGAUGACUGGAACUCAUCCGCACCAAGUAACCUAUCGAAAGGUCGUGUUACCUCCACGUCACUUACAGAAUCUGACGAAUCUGAUUGCUCCAGUCCAAGUCCCAUAAUUUUUUUAGAUGAGGUUGGUUAUCAGAAAAGUCUAAAGGCGAAGCUUGACAUUCCCAAGAUCCCAGUUCUUAAAGACGGAGUAGAAGACUCUGACUCUGAGGUUAGUGAGUUUUUUGAUAGCUUUGAUCAAUUUGAUGAGCCAGAUCAGUCUUUUGACCUCACCAUCAAGAUGCCAAAAGAAAAGACCCUUGGUGGUUCAAAGAAAAAGCAGUCUAAUAGCACUGUUAGUAAAUAUUCUUCAAAGAGUGUCUCAACCGCAAUGAACCCUCACAAGUUCGACCACAAGACUCCAGCCAACAUCAAGAAACCCACACCACUGAAGCCAGGCUCUCCAUACAGUAUACACUCUGAAUCCCCAGAUUCUCCGCGACCGGUGAGAACUUCCUGUGAGGAAAGUGGAGGUCUUUUCAGCCCUGUUCACUCAUCAGCGUUUAGUCCUCUGGGAGAAGGAGCAUUGGAGUGUUUUUGGAAAGUGGAAGGAGACAAUUCAGAAUUGCGCAAGCCACAGGAUCUCUGUUCACUAUAUAAAACAUAUUCUGAUUUUGCAAACAACCUGUCGAAAGAAAUCCUUCGAACUGUUUGUGGAUACUCGUCUCCUGUUGACAUUAAUAUUAAUACGAAUUUGAGUUGUGUGUGCCAUAAAGAAUUUACAAACACUAACGGACACCUUAUGAAACUGUCUGAAAUUCAGGAGACGGUCACUAUUAACAAAUCACAGUCUCUGAAGGACGGAAUUCAGAAGUUCGCUACAGACUUGGUGGAAAGGAGCAUCGGCAGUGCCUUAAGAGAUUUGCAGAAAGGAGUAUCCUCCUGCACAACACUACUUUGUCGCUUAGCCGCCAGGCUUACCUCUUCAGUAUUUCAAAUGGCCUUUCAUGAGAUCGGAAUGCGCCAUGCUUACGUGUUAAAAGAGCGUGCCAUAAAUGGAUUGGCUAGCUUCCUUGUCGGCGAAGCAGUCUCUGGAGCUCUUAAAGAGUUUCUGUUUGUAAAAAAGCAGAUUUUUAACAACACCGUUGCCAGAUUUGCAGCUGAUCUUGCUGAGGAGUUGAUAUUUGAGGGCAUUAUGGAGGUUUGCCAGUUUUCACAUCCUUCGACCCCUCUUACCCCAAAGGACUGGUCUUUUGAGCAAGACGAGGAAGUUGUCUGUUCUUAUGCUUCAGACCUUUCAGAGUCAGUUCUUCAAGAGGCCUUCAUAGAACUGUCUCAAGCUGAUGUGACUUUCACCACACAGGCAGCUAUUAGCGUGUCACUAGACAAUAUCUGCUAUGUCAGCGCUGAAGACACAUCCAAGACCACAAAAAUCUGCAAUGCACAGAUGAAUUACCGGGAAUGCCAGUCACUUGCACAGGCUGGAACCCAAGAAAAAGAUGGACACACUGUAAAGAAAGCUUUAUACUGUGUGUCUGGAAUGGCUAGUUGUGUUCCAGUCCCUGCAGCUGGAAAAGCAAUGUCUUACCUGCAAAACCCAGAAGAGACGUGUCAGUAUAAGUCUAGCAUUAGUCACACGUGUCAAAGCAGUCCCAAACGGAGCAUUUGUUUCCAAGGAAGAGCAGUGACUUCCACAUCCAACACUUCUACGACACAACCAUCUGAAUCAGUCCAAGCUGUUUCCAAAAUCUGUAGUCCUUGUGGCAAUUUAAGAAAUAUGCCUCUUCAAACGGGUCCUGAGAAAUUUUCAGUUGCAAAAGCUGGAAACAUUGGAAAUGUUUCUGGUACAAUGGCUGAGACUAUAAUGAGUGAAGCAUUGGACAUGACUACAAGAAAAAUGAAGAAAAAAGCUGAAGAUUGUGCUGAUUUCUUAAGUAAAACUCUUGGGGGUCAAGUUGUCACAUGUGCUGGUAUAGCAAAAUCCCAGGAUGUGGCAUGUCAGAGCUCACCACCCUACGAAUUACACGUGCCUCAGAAAAUGUCGUUUCUUUCUAAAGGAUAUUUGACAGAACCGUCAUCGUGUUUCCUGCAACCUCAGACGACUUUAAAGAACAUGGAAAAAGCAAGUUCUCAAUUCUCAAAAAGUGUAUGUUCAGUCAGCAGAUCCCCUCCAGAAAUCCCAUCUGCCAUGAUAAAGGAUACUUUAGAAGUGCCCAGUUUUGAGGGUACUAUUCGUGGAGGCAGAAAAAACACAGACAUGCUUGGUGGUAACUCUGGAGCAAAAUCCAGUGGAAGUCCUGGCACUCCUCCGUCAACCCCUCAGCAACCCUCAGACGUCUCUAAUGAGAAAAACAUAAAACAGUUUUCAAAAAAGCUUAAAGGCAAGCUCGCGAAGGAAUUCUCCCCUGCAACACCCCCUCCCACUCCGCACUACCAGUCCAGUUCGAGCCCCAAAGGCGAGAGCUCUGACUCGGAGAAGGCAGAAUUCGUGCUAAAGCUUAUUAGGUCCCUGUCUGAAGAAGCUAUCAAUAAUGGGGAGGAAGAUGAUGACCUGGAAGACUUUGUCGAUCACCACACAGAACUAAUUCCCAGUGCUGGAGGCAAACCCAUUGAGAGAGGAGCUCUACGUUAUGCAGAGCUUUUGGCAUGCCAUAUUGUAUCCAUGGCAACUGAAAUGGACACUUUAAGCAUUGCUGGUGUUGUAAGCAAGCCAGACAUAAAGGAAGGCAAGGGUGGUGCAGCUUUUCAUAGUGCAAAGUUUUCUGAACAAACCUUAAAUUCUUUGUGGACCUAUGCUGGGGAAAUGGCUGGGGAAGUCAUCAAUGAUGUCAAGAGGAUGGUAAGUUCCAGGCACUGCUAUUACAGAACGGUCAAAAAGGGAUCUAAUAAAUCAAAUAAGCAUCAGGGUGGUGAGCAGAAAGAUUGCAGCAUGGCUAACGUCCUUUCUACAUCAACUAUUAACCCUCAGAGUGACACCUCAAGUAGAACGUCAGCGGAGUACCCAAGCUGUGAAAGUGUUACUGAUGAACACGCAGGACACGUCAUUAAGGUGGUUAAGAAAGACGGAGGGGGUCGAGAACUUAUCUUGGACCAGUAUGCCAGUCAGCUGGCUUGUAGGUCGAUCAAAUCAGGCUUAGCUCAUGCUGCACAGAAAGUAAAACAAAAGUCCCCUUUAAAACUUCACUCAUCUUGGCAUUUACAAGAUGAUGGCAUCCAUAGCCCCGGCGGAUUCUCACCAUCCGAGUCGUCUCCAGCUAGUCUCGCCCAAGAGCGAGUCGUCUCCUCUGGUGAAUCGACGCUUUGUGUUUGUCAGGGUGAUGACAGCACGAGUAGGAGGGAAUACAUGGAACGUGUGAACUUUGCAGAGUCGCUGGCUUAUAAUAUCACGCGUGAUGUCACCAGAAAGCUAAGGAUGGCAACAGUCAGGCUUCCAAAGUCUCUUACUGACUCAUGUCUUUAUAGAAAGUCAAAGGUCGAAGACGUGGCUGAAAAUCUAAUCAAAACCGCGUUCUCUUGUUCCGUGUUGCCAUACACAGACAAAAACAGGCAGUACCACAGCACCAGCAGCUUGGAUGAUGGAAACUACAACCACGGCGUCAUGCAAGUAAUUGAGCACUAUGCCAAAAAGAUCGUUGAUGACACUUUGGAAAUGACCCUAGAACCCACAAAUCUUCAGACAGCAGAAGACAGGAACUCUUUCACACAGAAGUUGACCGAGCCAUACAAGGCUUGUCGGCACUGUCAAAGAGAUUGUUCAUUUUGCAGCAAAAACGGUCACUUAACAUACUAUGCGAUGCACAAGAGGUUACGGCAAGACUCGGACCCAAUGGUUGGCCUUGAAAUUCCCCAGAUCCACAUAGAUACAGACAAGAAAGCAGUUUUUGCAGAAGAAAUGGUGUCCGCUGCGAUUGAGAAAGCUAAGAAGGGACACAGUAGCACCAGCUUAAAUGCAGACAGUGGGAUCGGUCAUGAUGGUGCAAGCUUUGCAGAAAGUCUUACCACAGAGAUUAUGACGUCUGCGCUGUCCAACAUCUGCCAAACCAUCAACCUGAGUGCCCCCGGCAGGGAAAGCGCCAAUGUAACGGAAUCAACAGUCAGUCAGCAGCUUAAUCUGAGUGUGGGAGAUGACAGUCUUGGUAGCUGGUCUAAUCUGAGCUUUGAAGACGACCAUCCGGAUGAAAGCAGCAGCUUCCUUCAUUUAAGUGACAGCAGUAAUGGGAACAGCAGUAGCUGGAGCAGUCUGGGGUUAGAGGGCGAGGUUUAUGAAGAGCAUUUGUCCUUCUCUCCAUCAGACAGUGACUACACAGAGGAGAAGGAGACUGAGGCCAAGGACAACUUGGGUGGAACUGUGCGAGUAGAGAGGGGCCAUGCUGAAGGGGACAGGGCUUUGCUGGUCUUUAAUACAGAUGUGUGUGGGCAGGGACCAGAUCCCCAGCUGAGAACAGUGCUGCAGUGGAUGGCAGCCUCCAUUGCCGAACUACCAGUGAUGCAGUUUAGCCUGCAGUCUGAACGAGAACAGCAACAGUUCUUGCGUCUAGUCCAGAGGCUCAGAGAGAGACAGUGGAGGGUUGCCGAACUCCUUCAGGCUCUGCUCAGAUACUAUGAGGAGUGUCCGUCCGAGGAGGAAGCACAUGCUGAGCAUCCCGCCUGGGACCGCAGGUCUCUCUUUCACUGGCUCCUGGAACACCCAUAGACCACACUCACCUGCUGCUUACACUCGUGAUCAAAACACCUUGAGCGAGCGCUAUCGGCAUUGUAUCAAGGUGGGUUUCCAUCCAAACCCUGAAAUGUACUUUUUUUAACCAAUUUCUCUGCUGCUACUACUGUGAUGUGAAAAUCCUGAGCUUGAUGUAAGAAACCAUCGGCCGCUCAGGUGGCGCAGUGGUAAAAACACACGCUAGCGCACCAGAGCUGGGAUCUCGAAUAAAUUGUAUCGAAUUAGCUGUUGUUCAGGGAUGGGACAAGCCGGACCAGGGUUCCUCAUAACUGAUUGAUGGCGCCUGCGCAAAGUGGGGAGAUAAUGCCCGGGUGUGGAUCUCCGUGCACAAGGCUGGUCUGCAUAUGAACUCGACUCGUGCAGGCGCCUCAGGCUACUAACCAGGGUCUUUACACAGCAUUGAGGACCUCACCCCCUUUUUUUGUCCGGUCUUUUCCCACCCUGCUCCAGACACUGGCAACUGUGCCUGCUAGGAAGCGUCCAGCUGACAGGGUUCAGAUCUGUACUCUACACAAAGGGAUGUAAAGAAGCGGAUGCUGCUAGCACUUGGUUAUGCUAUUCGAGUUAUGCACAUAGCAUUCAUCAGGUAGUAAAGGUGAAAGCAAUCUAGUGUUUCAUACCUUGUUUCCGGGGACUAAUGGAACCAGCAACAUCUGGUAUUUUUCUAGUGAUGACCUGCAUUGAGUUUGUAAGCUUCUGUCAGCUAGUGAUUAACUUACUAUGUCUUUGCUUCCUGAACCAUAAUUCUCUGUGUUUUCCCGCUCUACGUACAGAUUCUGUCAUCAGUCUGCAGUGCUGUCCAAGUCUGGAGGGGAUUCACAUGAAUAGAAAGAACUGAAGGUGUUAAUUGCAGGCUUAGUACUGACACAAAGUCUAAAGAAUGUCAAAGUUUGGAAGUUCAUAUAAUGAGCACUUAUAACAAAGCUCAUUACUGUGUUGAUUAAAGAGUACUCGGCGAGAUUCACGGCUUCCAUCCCUCUGGGCUGUUCACAAAGGUGGCGUUCCACUCUGUGGUCCAUGCACAAUCUGUCGCUCAUUGAUUUCAUUAGGCUGGUUUGAGUCUCGGACUGGAAUCUCCCCCCUACAACCCAGAGUUUUUCAUGAUUCAGCCCAAACCAUGAUAUCAUAUCCCUCUUAACACCAACAAAACAAGUGUUGCCUGGUGAAUUCACAGACCUAAACACAGAAGUUGAAUCAGGGACUUGUUAUUCAUGACCUACAGCAUGGUGAGUGUUUCGUCUGAAGAGGUAUCUCCACCCACGCUGCCCGUGAUGUUUGGUGGGUUUUUCCUGGCUGCUGUCACCUCGCUCUUGUGUAUUUGGUUAAGGUCUAUCUGUACAGCAGCUUUGCCGCAUUGGCAGAAUGAUCGGAACAAUCAACAGCUGCCACCAUGCGUUGCUAUUGCAGGAACUUAAAGGUGACUUCCAAAAGUAGGUGACUCCAAAUCCAGUCUUCCCUACCACAGAUGAAGCAACUGUGUCUGGUCACGCCCGACUGGCUGAUGGCACUGCUGGGGAUUCAAACCCUGCAUCCAAGCAGUAGUGGGCUGGCAGAAUCUACCCCUGCACCAUCCAAACACCUUUUAUAAAUGAUAUUAAAUGCAGAAAGGAACUGGAAGCAAAGAAGGAUAAACAAAUACCCCUUUUCCACCGACACGGAUCCGGCUCCAUUCCGGUUCGCAAACUUGAUUUUGAACCGGUUCGGUGUGUUUCCACGUUAAUCUGGCACCACAGAAUACUUGGUUUUUCAGCGCGAACCGUGAUGUCAUCUGUGGGCGUGUCACAGUGUAGAGAUUUGGGUGCUUUCAUAUGAGAAGCUGCUAAUCGCUUUGGUGCUAAACUAUCUUUAUAAAAUUCACCUGAUUAAAUUUUGAGCCAGUUUGUCACUGAUAUUCGCUGAUAUUCUCAAAGAGAUGAACUCUGUGAUAUGACGUGGUAAA